AAAAAGUGUGCCGUGACCUCGAACAAGGUCCCGUUAUCCAAGCCGAAGCCUUGGACGCGAUCGUCCUCAGUCUUGACUCGGAAGUCGAGCAAAGAUGAUACUGCUGCUCGCUUGUCUCAGUCUGCUGGUCGGCCCCGGUGAACUGGGCAACCUGUACAAUGGCCAUCCUAGCGGUGUCACCGCGAUUUUCGGGAUCGGUGUGCUGCCCCUCGGAUUCGCAGCCGGACCCAGAUACGUUCCGAAAUGGAAGAAGCAAGCCUGUGAGAUACCAGCCUCUCAACAUCCAAACUCGCACUACGUUUGCGACGAGGCCGGAGAAGUGAAGUGUUUGCCAGGAUGGACCGGCGAUUUGUGCGACGUGCCGAUCUGUCGGAAGGGGUGCGAUCCUCUUCAGGGUUACUGCCGUCGACCCAACGAAUGUCGCUGCAAAUUGGGCUUUUACGGCGAGCUCUGCGACAAGUGCGUGGCACUGCCGGGAUGUCAGCACGGCAGCUGUAACGUGAGCUUCGAAUGCUCCUGCGAUCCUGGAUGGAAGGGCAUGUUCUGUUCGGAGCCGAUCUGCGCCUCCGAUUGUUUGGCCAGCCAAGGAUACUGCGAAAAACCGGGGGAAUGCAGAUGUCGAUUGGGUUGGCAGGGACCAAAGUGCAAACAAUGCGCCGUUUUGCCAGGUUGCGUGCACGGAACGUGCCAGGGUCCGCUGGAAUGUCGCUGCGAGCCAGGCUGGACUGGACUUCUCUGUCAAACGCCGAUUUGCUCGCAAGGAUGCAGCCGAGAAUACGGCGGUUGUCGUCGUCCGGGGACGUGUAGGUGUCGCGUGGGUUGGACAGGUCCGAACUGCACCGAAUGCGUCCCUUAUCCCGGUUGCGUUCACGGGUCCUGCAAACGGCCGUGGGAGUGCCGAUGCGAGCCCGGAUGGGCGGGCGAUCUCUGCAACGAGAAACUCAUCUACUGCGACGAGCAUCCAGCCAUCUGUCGCAACAACGCCACUUGCGUCAGCAUGACCAAAGAGGACGGCGAUUACAGAUGUAUCUGUCCUCUCGGCUACAUGGGUCGUCAGUGUCAGAUCAAAACGAUGGUGCCGCCGACCGAGUUGACACCACCGAUGCCGGACCAACACCUCGACGACGAGGUUUCAGAGGCGAAACCUCAGAUGAUUCAAACGACAAACGCAGAAAUAAUCGAGAAGCCCGUAGAGAGUGUAGACGAGAAGGACAAGGGAGACAAAAAUAGGAUAAGAAACGAGGAACAAACGGCCGAACCGAUUGGGCCGAUCGUUAUCACGGAUCCACCGUCGACCAUCGAUCCUGCUGCUACCGUAGGAAAAUGGCCAACCGAGCCACCUACGGAAUCGUCCGUCACGCAAACGGACGAUGAAAACGAGACGUGAGAGAAAAGGGAAAGGAUUUUAAUUUCUGCGAAUUAUCGCGUUAUAUUAUACUCUUUCGUUGUUAUUUAUCCGAGUAUUUAAUUUAUUUAUUUUAAAGCUAAAGUCGACUUAUUUUAAUUGUACUCAUGUCACGACAGAUUGUUGCACAGAUAAAUUAUAAAUCGUAGUGUGUUAGAAGA